AUGGCAAACGCUAUCAAAGACUUCUUCAAGAAGAAGAAAUUGGACGCAAAGUUUAUGGGAGUCGGAAGUGGACACCGAUUGGCAGACAGUACUUCUUCGUCCACUUCCGGCACCACUUCUUCGGCCAGUAAUUCAAACAUCAAUCAAACGAAUGCAAAGAAUCCCAAGAAUAUGACGACACAAAAGGCUGCGGAGGCGGCCAUUGAGCGCAUCCAAAGACAACAGUCCACUAAUAAAAGCAAUACUUUAGAGAAUAUUCUUCAGGAAGAGAGACAAAAGAUUAGCGAAGAAUACAGAAUGAAAGAGAAAGCGGAGUGUUUAGUGAAAGAAGAAGAGAAGUUGGAUAAGAAAUACAAAGAUUUCGAUGCAAACCAACGCUUCAGUUGUCCGACAAUUGAAUUAAACGAAUCGCUAAUAAUGGAGGAACUGUUGGAACAGAUCCUUGAUUUUAUUCAAACCAAUUUUGCCGACGAUCUCACGCUUAUGUCUGUCUUAACGUUAAUUAAUUGCAAUUCCAGUCCCAAUGAAGAGUCCGAACACAGAGUCGAGGAAUGUAUUAAAACGUUGGAUAAAGUGGUCAGUAAUUUAGAGAACAGUAGUCCAGACGAGAGACAGAAGUUCAGCAAAAUUAGGAAAUCAAAGAUUGAGAAAAAAGUGUUGGAAUUGAAGGGCGGACUCGAGUUCUUGGUAUCGAUUGGCUUUGAAGUGGACUCCACUGACGAAUGGCUUGUGUUUAGUGAUGAGACGCCAGACAUAAGGGACCAAAUGUCUUAUUACAGGGAUGUGUUGAAUAGCGCCCAAAAAUUUCCGUUAAUUCUCGACAGACAAACCGUACGCUUAGAGAGCAAUCAAAAGACACAAAAUCAGGACUUAAGUCAAGACUUUUUCCGACUAUCGACUGAUGAAGUGGUCCGUGAAAUGCAAACAUUGACUGAUAAGAGAGAAACGGAAGAAACGCUGCGAACCAAAGCCAUGAGAGAAACGAAGAAACGAAAUAUUAAUUCAAAGUUCUCUCGUUUGAGGUUUAGAUUCGCAAAUGGUGUGCAAAUUGAGGCCACUUUCGGCUCCAACGAGACGUUAGUUGACGUCAAGAAUUGGUUAUUAGAGCGCAUGGAAAGCGAUAAAGAGUUUAAUUUAAAGUGUGUUCACGAAGUGUUUACUCAACAACACUCUAAUCAAACUCUCAAAGCUCUGAAUCUGGUGCCGACGGCAGCCCUUCUUAUUGUAUCAAAAGAUGAUUAAAUUAUUUGUUAUUUCAUUAUUAAAUGCUAACAAAGAGUACAUUCAUAUGAAUAAUAAAAUUGAUAUAAAUUAUUUUAA